CUAGGGGCGUCUCGAUGUCGUCAUAAGGGAGAGAGAGAGAAAGAGGAAGAGGCGCGUCGGUGCCGUCGUCUUCCCUCUUUCGUCUCUCUUGCUGGCGGCGGGUCGAUUUUUCUUAUCUAGGGUGGUGCUGGGGCGGAAGAGAAAGGAGUUGACUGUGUGCCAGAGAUCUAAGGGGGAACCUAGUGGUGGUGGCUCUGCUUCUAUUUGUAUAAGGAGGCUUAUGAUUUCAUCAAAGCAAUGCCAAUUGCACCCAAUACAUGUGUUUGGGGAGCAUUGCUCGGUGCUUGUCGGAUUCAUCGAAAUCCUGAACUUGGAGAGGUUGCAGCACAAGAGCUAUUUCAACUCCAAACUAAGGAUACUGGGCAUUUUGUUUGCCUUUCUAACAUAUAUGCUGAUGCUGGGAGAUUAGAUGAUGCAGAUAAACUUAGAAUUGUGAUGAAAGACAAAGGAUUGGCAAAGGUUCCUGGAUGCAGUUUUAUAGAGCAUGGUAGGAUUAUUCACAGUUUUUUGGUGGGAAAUGCAUCGCAUCCUCAGUUUGAAGAGAUUCAUUUAAUGUUAAAGAGUUUAGCAGCACGAAUGGAGGAAGUGUGCUCUGAAAUACCAAGGAGCACUGUGAUUGGUGAUCUAAACUCUCCUUUGAAAAAUCAUAUUUUCUCUAUUCAUAGUGAGAUGUUGGCAAUUGCAUUUGGGAUCAUCAAUACAGCUCCAGGUACAACCAUUAGGAUCAGCAAAAACCUUCGAGUCUGUGAAAAUUGCCACAGUGCUACUAAGUUGAUAUCAAAGAUUGUGGAACGAGAAAUCAUUGUGAGGGAUGCAAACCGUUUUCAUCAUUUUAAAGGUGGUAGUUGUUCGUGUGGUGAUUACUGGUGAAAAGCGAAAUCAAAUGGAAGAAGUGGUAUCGAUGAGCUAUUUAUAUAGCCUUAAUUACUAUGUGAAUUUUCCACUUUUGAAGUGAAAAACAGAUUGGUGCGGUAUACUGUAUCAACGACAUGCUGCAUUAUUUGUCAUAUGAUUGUGUGCCAUGGCGGCAACAUAGCAUCUCCCAAGGCUUUCUUGAUAUACCAGAUGCACUUCCUGGUAUCAUCUUACAAAAAUGCAGGUAUUAAGCUGGUUUUUAACACCAGAUGGACUGCAAGAAGUUCUUGCAACUGGUUGAAGAGAAGAAGAAGAAGGUCCUGGAGAAGCAGGAAGCCCCCUUGAAAUGGGAAGAGAAAUUGGAAACUGCAGCAAACGCAAAAGCUGCUGCUGAGGCAAAGGAGAAGAGGAGGUUGAAAGCUGCUAGACGAAAGAGGAAGGCCUCAUUAUCUGAGUCCAACGAUGACAGUGACAGUGGCGACAGAAAACUCUCCAGGAAAAGCCACAAGAAACACAGAAAGCAUGACUAUAGCGCAUCAUCGGAAUCUGAUGAUGAUAGUGAUAGCAGCAGUGGUGGCUGGAAGCUGACAAAAAAGUCACACAGGAGACACAAAAGACAUAGCCAUUCUGAUUCAUCUGGUGAAAGUACCAAGAGAUCUAGACGCAGGUCAAGAAAAAGGAGAGGGUCGGAGUCCGAUGAUGAGAGUGGUGAUGAUGACUCACGCAGAAGAUACAAAAAGCAUGUUCACUCGGAUUCCUCAGGUGACGGUGAGAAGAAAUCUCGACGCAGGCUCAGGAAAAGGGCCACAGGAUCAACCUCUGAUAGCAGCAUUGAUGGAUCAGAGAAUGAAUCUGGGAAGGAGCAAAGGAAGGCACAUUCGCAUAAGCAUGUAAAGUCUUCGAGGCAUCAAAGCCCCCUAUAUGUUUCUUAUUCUUCCGAUUCAGGUUUGGAGGGUCCCAAUGUCACUAAAGCCAGGAAACCACACAGUAAGCACCAUUUCCAUCAUGAUAGCAGUGAAGAUGAUGGAGAUGAUAAGCACAGGAAGAGAAGCCACUCAAUGGGGAAGACAUCUGAUGACAACGGUGAUGAGCCAAGAGAGCACGGCAAACAUCGCCACCAUGGUCAUCACCAUCACCGUCGUCAUCACCACCACCACAAUGAUAGACUGGAUGACUGGGGGGAUCAUGAUCCACCGACUGCAGAAGCAAAUGGGAAGCAUGUAAUGGCUGCUACUAAUGGCCAAGCCGUGAGAAGCCCAAAAAGGGAUGUCAGUUCACCCUUUUGAAUUCGUGAAUCUGUGGACUUGUCUCCAUGACUAUCAUUCUUCUAUCAUUACUUACAAACUGAUUUGUGGGAUUUACUGGCCUACAGUUAUCGUAAUUCAAGGAAAAUUGACGGAUGCAA